CUAGAAUUACUUAUCAUAUCACAUGUUCUUGAGUUAUGAUUUUUCUUUUAGCUUCUUUAUAUACACACUAUAUACAUAUACACACACAUCUAUAAGCACGAGUUCUUCCAAAAAGAGACAAAGGGGAAUAAAUAGAUGGGAAAAAGAAACAUUUAUCUUCUAUAUAAACAGAAACCUUUUGUCCUUUUUAAUCUUUAACCUUCUUCACUCACAGAAUAACUAUCCUCUCUCUUAGGGUUCUUCUUCUUCUUCAAUUUCUCUCUUCCUCUGGUUUCUUCUUCAACUUCUCUACUGAAGGCAAAAAACAAGAAACUUUUUUUUGUUCUUUAACGAGAUCAAGAUCAACAAGAUUAGGGUUUUCGGAUGGGUAGGUGUGGAAGGAGCAGCGACGGAGGAAUCGGUGGAGUUAGACCGUACGUACGAUCUCCGGUGCCUCGUCUGAGAUGGACGCCAGAGCUUCACCGGAGCUUCGUUCACGCCGUUGAUUUGCUCGGCGGACAAUAUAAAGCAACUCCAAAACUUGUUCUUAAGAUAAUGGAUGUGAAGGGACUAACCAUAUCACACGUAAAGAGCCAUCUCCAGAUGUAUAGGGGAUCCAGAGUCAGUCUUCUUGGGAAACCAGAAGAGAGUUCUUCACCAUCUUCAAGAAGAAGAAGAAGACAAGACAAUGAAGAAGAUCAUCUUCAUGACAACUUGUCUGUACACGCAAGGAAUGAUUGUCUUUUGGGUUUUCACUCUUUUAACUUUAGAGAGCAGACUUCAGUUACUGAUAAUGAUGACGAUGACUUUCUUACCAUCAUGAACAUGGAGAGAACGAAGACAUUUGCAGGCAAUGGCGAGUCCAUCAAAUUCCAGUCUCAUCACUUUCUCGAGGCCAAGAGCAGGAAGACCAAUUGUAAAAACACAUGGCGAGAAAACGAACACGAAGGAGAAGAAGAAGAGUUAUCGUUGUCUCUAUCGUUAAACCAUCCUCAAAAUAAUCGACAACGUUGGAGAAGCAAUGCAACAUCAUCACUUAGUGAAACAAGUGAAGCAGUCUCAUCAUCUUCAGCUCCAUUCAUCUUCAGAGAUUGUUUUGCUUCUUCCAAGAUGGAUCUUAAUCUCAAUCUCUCCUUUUCUCUACUCCGUAGCUGAAACAUUUGAUUCCCAUUGUUUUUAAAAUUUUUAGUGUAGUGAUCAUUCAGAUUGUUUAAAUCCUCCCUAAAAAAAAAAAAUCGUAAUCUUCUUCUU